ACAGGGCCAGGCUGGGCAGGUGCUCACUUUCAGGCUCGGGAGAAACAAACGAGCCAAAGGCUUUCUGUGUAGGCAUCAGGACUGCAGAGGAAUGAAAGAGCAGGAAAGGAGUCAUUUUAUGGCCCAAUUACAGAACUAGGAAAUUUAGGAGUCAACCUAGAUCAUCUCAGGGAUUCAGGGACGAUGAAGUUGGAGGAAAAGCUUGAGCACAGUGAGAGCCUUGUAGGAAGGAGUCAGCCAUGUCUACAUGACACGCAUCAGGCAAAUGGAAAACCGAGAGCAAACGGGAAAGCAGAGGUCUAUGAAAAGCAGGAGGCAAAUGGCAAGGGAGGCAGCCUCAGGAAAUGUCUCAACCUGUACACCUGGCAGGAGGUCCAGAAACACAAUAAGGAGGCCGACCAGUGGCUGGUGAUUGAUCGCAAGGUUUACAAUGUGACUGACUGGGCUGGCAAGCAUCCAGGUGGCCAUCGGGUCCUCAACCACUAUGCUGGGGAAGAUGCCACGGAUGCCUUCCGGGCCAUGCACCUAGAUCUUAGCAUUGUGCAGCUGUACCUUAAGCCACUGCUCAUUGGAGAACUUUCUCCAGAAGAACCUAGCCAGGAGAAAAACAAAAAUCCACAGUUGGUGGAAGAUUUCCGUGAAUUGCGCAAGACAUUAGAGACCAUGCAUAUGUUCAGUGCCAACCUGGGGUUCUUCUUUCUCCACCUUGUACAGAUCUUGGUUUUGGAAGUCUUAGCAUGGCUAAUACUACAUCACUUUGGCACUGGCUGGACUGUUACGAUACUUGUUUCUUUUCUUCUUACAGUUUCUCAGGCUCAAAGUUCAUUUUUACAACAUGACAUAGGACACCUUUCCAUGUUUAAGACAUCCAAGUGGAACCACCUGAUGCACAAAUUUGUAAUGUGUCACCUCAAGGGCCUGUCAGCUGACUGGUGGAAUUAUCGACACUUUCAGCAUCAUGUAAAACCAAACAUCUACCCCAAGGAUCCAGACAUUGAUGUGGGCCCACUUUUCCUGCUUGGAGAUACUCAGCCUGUCAAGUACGGCAAGAAGAAAAUAAAAUACAUUGACUAUGAGAAGCAGCACCUGUACUUCUACAUGGUUGCACUUCCCCUCCUCAUGCCCGUCUACUUCAAUCUCCAAUCCAUGCAAGUGAUGUACCUUCGGAAGUACUGGACGGACAUCGCUUGGGUCAGCAGCUUUUACAUUCGAUAUUUCAUCACAUUUGGCCCUUUCUAUGGAAUUUUUGGAACAGUAUUGCUCAUAUAUUUGGUCAAGUUUCUUGAGAGCCCCUGGAUCGCCUAUGUUACCCAGAUGAGCCACAUACCAAUGAAAAUGAGCAGAGAGGAGAACCACGAUUGGCUCAGCACGCAGAUUGUGGCCACCUGUAAUAUUGAACAGUCCUUUUUCAAUGAUUGGUUCACUGGGCACUUGAACUUCCAAAUUGAACACCACCUAUUCCCCACAAUGCCACGCCAUAAUUAUCACAAAGUGGCACCUCUGGUGAAGUCACUGUGCGCCAAGCAUGGAUUGCAGUAUAUAAACAAGCCCAUAUUGAAGGCAUUUGGAGAUAUUGUCAGGUCCUUGAAGAAGUCUGCUGCCCUCUGGAUGGAUGCUUAUUAUGAAUGAUACAGAGCCAUGCAUGUAUUGGUAUCUCUGAAGUGGGUGGUGGCUGUGUAAGAGCUCUUCUCUGAUUCACUGAGAAUUAACUGGCAACAUUGGCAUACCUGAGUAUGCCAGGAAUAUGAAUCCCGAAGACACAUGUUAGCCUCUCACUGAAGGUCUUCUCUGUAACUGAGAGGAGGAAGAAACACAAGGUGACUUUGGUCAGAAUAACAAAGGAAUUGUAGCUCACUGUUUCUACUUUUUCAUUAGGAUCUUGGACUUAGUUCCACUAGACCUCAGCGAGAUUGUUUCCACAAGGGGUAUAAGAUAUGUGGACAUAAACAGAAGUGAGAAAAGAAAGAUCUCUGACACAGUCCAUUGGAAAUCAGUGUAACUGUUCUUAGAAGAGAAUUGUUUAUUUAAGACAUCCCUGCUGAAGUACAAAUUUUUGCUUACUUCCUUUCAAAUAGGUGAACUUCCUCUCCAAAAACUGAUUAUAAUUAACACUAAAACAUCUUCAAAUGUUUGUCUUCACUUUGGAUUUUCUGUUUUGUGGCUAAAACAUGGGUGUAACUUGUGUACAUAUGCAUGUGUUUCCAUGUCGAGAAAUUAGAAUUUCUAUAAAGUCUCCUAAAAGAAUUACCAAAAUCCAACCCCAAUAGCAACUGAUGAAUAUCUGUUUAAAGGUGCUUCUGUUUAACUAAAGUAUAGAGUGCUCCUUGAUUUAGGAUUCCUCCUCCCUACCCAGAAAAGCAAACGUCUCCAAAUGUUCUUACUAGAUCACGUGGAUGAAGGGAAGAACCAUGAGCUAUAUCAAGUCAAUUUUUCAAGUUUAGCAGCAAAUUAAGCCUACUUUUCACCAUUUUCUCUCUCAUGAAUGAAUUUCACUAGUGAUCACUAUUUCUAUUCUUUUUGUUCAGUCUUGGUUUCACCCGAUAAUUCUAGGAAUGUAUCCUCAUUUUACAGAUUUUCUAAUUCAUUGGUAAUUGUUUUGUAGUGAUCUCUUAGGAUCUUCUGUCGGUGGGUUAGCAAAAGACACACACCAAUGAAUAGAUAUUUUCAGUACCAUACUGGUUUCUUUUGUUAAGCUUUUCAUAAAGGGUAUAAUAAAACCUGACCUUACUUGCAGGAAGAAAACAUGUAAUGACAAGGUUUUCUUCUCUAGCUCUAAUCAAACCAGUGUUGUUGGUUUAUCUGUUGUCUGAAGUCUUUGGUAAGCAUUCAUUCAUUCUCCCAAAACUCUUAAAAAUACUCUAGGUUUCUUUGCAUCCUAACUGAAUUCCUUGCAAAGAAUGGCACAUUUAAUCACUCACUGUUCCUGAGGAUUCACAAACAUGCAUACAAAGGAAAGAAAUAGGAACAAACUCUUUGGAGAAGAGAUGCUGAAAUAGUCAUAAUGUCCAAUGGGAAAUUUGAGCAAGAAGAUAAGAAGGAUGCAGAACUCUGUCAACUUGGUGAUUAUUCCUAAUACUAGUAGACCCAAGGGUAAUUUCUCCUGCCUGGACUCAGACAUGCAUGUGGGAUGAAAUUGCAAUUUGGUGGGUUUCUCUAGCCAAACCUGGUUCAGUUCCUAGAGGCUCUCAAGCCCUGUUUUUUUCUUGGGUCC